GAACGGGGCAAAACUCACAGAUCCAAGAGAUGAUGACGAGGAGGCUUGUCUUUAGUUGCCGAGCAACCCAAUACUCCUUCCGUCCUUCUUCUUCUUCUUCUUUUUUAUUUUACAUUUAUUUAACUAGGCAAGUCAGUUAAGAACAAAUUCUUAUUUUCAAUGACGGCCUGGGAACAGUGGGUCUUUAACAAUGUGUUGUUAUGGUAACUGGUAGCACAGAUAUACGCUAGCAACCCAACUUUCCUUCCUUUCUUCUUCUUCUUCUUUAACAAUGUGUUGUUAUGGUAAUACUGGUAGCACAGAUAUAUGCUAGCAACCCAACCUUCCUUCCUUCCUUCUUCUUCUUCUUCUUCUUCUUCUUCUUCUUCUUCUUCUUCUUUAACAAGGUGUUGUUAUGGUAAUACUGGUAGAACAGAUAUAUGCUAGCAACCCAACCUUCCUUCCUUCCUUCUUCUUCUUCUUCUUCUUCUUCUUCUUUAACAAGGUGUUGUUAUGGUAAUACUGGUAGCACAGAUAUAUGCUAGCAACCCAACCUUCCUUCCUUCCUUCCUUCUUCUUCUUCUUCUUCUUCUUCUUCUUCUUUAACAAGGUGUUGUUAUGGUAAUACUGGUAGCACAGAUAAAUGCUGGCAACGUCGUUAUUGUGAGCAGGUUUAAAUUCCGAUACAAUGCUGACAGUGGAAACGUUUUGUCUCCCAUCCACUAGGUGGUUUAGCUAACGGCAGCUAUUCAAGUAUCCCGACCAAAAUGCGCCGAAAUGUCAGCUCGUCAACGAGUGGGUUGAAGUUGAGGAAAUGAAUCGGAGCUAAUCUUCAGUCAAAAUGAGUUCGUUCGCGGGUCGCAUGAAGGAGUAUCCCAACAUGUCGCUGGAUCGGUUUGACAGGGAGAAUCUACAUGCAAGGGCUUAUUUUCUAUCUCACUGCCACAAAGAUCACAUGAAGGGGCUGAAGGGGCCUCUAUUGAAGAGAAAGUUGAAAUUCAGUCUGACAGUCAAACUGUACUGUUCAUUUGUUCCAAGGGCCCAGGGUACGGUGUUGUACACAGGAGACUUCCGACUGGCGAAGGGAGACGCCUCCCGCAUAGAACUCCUCCACUCUGGGAGCAGGGUGAAAGACAUCAAGAGUGUGUAUCUGGACUCCACCUUUUACGACCCUCGCUUCUACCAGAUCCCCAGCAGGGAGACGUGUCUACAUGCUAUCCGGGGGCUGGUACAGGACUGUGUGUGUGUGAGUGUGUACCAUACAGUGUGGCUGAAUUGUAAAGCUGCAUAUGGAUAUGAAUACCUCUUCACUAACCUGGGGGACGAGUUUCACACACAGAUUCAUGUGAAAAGCCUGGACAUGUUUAAGAAGAUGCCAGAGAUUCUGAGUCAUGUGACCACGGAUCGAGCCACUCAGAUCCAUGCCUGCCGUCACCCCAAGGUAACGCUGCUACACGCCCCCUUUCUCUUAGAAACCCCUAACCAAAGAACACAGAGGACUAAGGUUAUCAUCAGGACAGGUGCCAGUUCCUACAGAGCCUGCUUUUCCUUCCACUCAUCCUACUCUGAGAUAAAAGACUUCCUGUCUUAUCUCCAGCCAAUCAACAUCUACCCCAGUGUCAUUCCUAUUGGCCGAACUCACGCUGAUGUCACGGAGCUGUUGAAGUCUAUGUGUAGGGACGUGUCCUCUUCCGCUGUGAUCUACAGACCUCUGGGAACACUGAAACGCACCCAGACCAGAGCAGCACACCCACGAUGUGGACUGUGCCGAUUGGCUGUUUGAGGGGGCGGACCUGGCCCCUGUCAGGAAGAGGGUGAUGAUGCAGGAGGCCGCACCCACAACGCUCCCCUAACCCCCCGACGAACCUCUGCCCCUAACACACAUGCCUCUCAUCACAGGAGACUACAUGGACUGUACCGAAUCUAAUGAU